ACUCCAUACUCUAUACUGCAUACUCCCGCGCAUCUCGGCCUUUGGAUAUUGUCGCAUACCUUGGUUAUUGUUUAUCGUCCUGAUCUCUUGCGCGAUUUCCAACUCGAGCACCAAUUGCGACCCCACCCACUAUCUCCCAAUUCCGAAUCCAGGUACCGUCGUUAUCUGCGCAUCCAACCAUGGUCUCAACUUCUCCCCCCGACCCGCCUGCGUCCCAGGAAAGCAUCGUCACAGAGUCGGACCUGGGUGAGCCUCUAUCGCAACAAUCGACAUCCUCCAAACUCGAUGUCGCGACAUUAACCGCGACGUCUCCGCCGCCGACGUCGCGAGGGAAGAGAGCGAAGUUCGCGUCGCCCGCUCCGUUCGGGUACUCAUUUACGCCUCCUCCGUCUUCUCAAAUUGCUCCACCACCCCGAAGAACACUGCAAAGGGCAUCGUCGAGCGCUACUUCUCAGUUAUCGUCUCCUCCGCCCACUAUCAAGCCGAUGGAUGCUCAAGUCGCAUCCGACCAGACGCCAACAGCCGACGAUAUUGAUGCGCUUCCUACCGCCGACUUGCGCGUACUGGCAAAGAACCUAUCAGGCAGCCUACGCGAAUCACGGACGACCGCAGCGCAUUACAAGCUGCAGUACAACAUGCUCUGUCUCGACAGCUCUGAAAUCUCGAACCGUAUGGCCGUCGAACUAGCCAUGGUUCAACGCGAGGUCGACGUGCUGCAAGAAGCCGAAGAACGGCGUCGCGAAGAAAGCACAAGUCCCCAGCAAGCCCAAAAGUCGUCCGCCGCCACCGUCGCGCUCGUCGAUGAGAUGACCCAGCAAUGCACCGUCCUGCGAAAUGAGAACGUCGAGCUCCGCGAGCUCCUCAACCAAGAGCGCAAACAGUGCGAGGGCUUCGAGACGCGGACGGCCAGUCUUCAAGAAGAAAACGACCGACUCCGCACCCGCAUCAAGAAGAACCGCGAACACAUAAACGGCCUCCUCGACUCCAUGAAAGACCACCCCACCUCCUUCUCCGUCUCCACUACCCCGCACGAUCACCGCUCCACCCCUCGCAACCAUCCCCGCCACUCUACCCCCCUCCGCCCCUCCCAAGGCCAACCCUUCGAAGCCCUCCUUCUUGCCGACAAAAUGCUCUCCCAAGAAACCACCACCACCACCGCCCCCUCCACCCCCCACCGCCGGCCCCCUGCCCACCACCGCGCCUCCCAAUCCCUCUCCUCUCUCCCCUCCCCCCGCCGCGCCCCCCUCCCCCUCCUCCACACCCCUCCCAACCCCUCCUUCCGCCCCGUCUCCCUCGCCCCGCAAUCCGCCCCCGAGCGCGCCUACCGCCGUCGCGCCGGCAGCAGCGACUCGACCAUCAGCGCUUCAAGCGACUGCAUCGCGGGCGCGACCGACGGCGACGAGGUGCCGGAGUCGCAGGCGUCGCGCGCGGCGACGAGCAUGCUGCGACGGACGCCGGUGCAGUCAUUUUCCCGUUCUGCAAAGCUCCCCGGCGUCUCGGGAUCCGCAGUGGCGUUCCCAUCGGAGCCCCACCCCGCAUCCGGAUUGGGGUCGCGCACGUCGGUGUCGCAGCCGUUGGUGCAGGCGAAGUUGUUCGGGCAUGUGAAGAAGCCGCGGGGCGACGGGGGGUAUGGCGGGAAGCGGAAGUUCUACGACUCGGUCCAUGAGGCGGCGGAAGGGGCGAGUAAGCGGAGUAGGGGGGAUGGGGUGGGGUUGGGGAUUGGGCUUGCUAGGACGCCGCAGGUGUAGGACGUUGCUGGUGUAUGCACGGCGGUACGGCGAGAUCUGUUUGGCUUUCGUCUAUGUGGGCUGUGGGAUUGGGUUGGGUUAUUUGGGCGAUAUUUAUUCGGGUGGAGGGACAAUGGCUUGAAGACAUAUGGACGAUUUUAUGAGAGAUAUGAUUGUAAUGGAAAGCAAGCUGGAUGAUAGCGCCUGGAAGGGUAACCUGUGGCGUCGUGGUUUUCAUGUAUAUAAAUAAGGACACAGAGACAUCUCUGGUGUUCCAAUUCCACUAUAGUAAGUGAACUGAUUUAUUAUGGAAUAUACAGUAUUUAGAAUCCAGUACCUAUCAAAC